AAGCACUGGAACCCUAGCCCGGGAGAUUGACAAGAAGCUCCUCUUCUCCCCUGUCGCCUCCACAGUUUCUCUCCAUAGUGUCAGAAGUCUAUCUUUAGCUCAUGGAGAUUAACGAUAUGGAAUUUUUGCCUCCAUGCGACGCUGAUGAUGAUUUCUGCUCUUCCGUAUUAUCUCAGUUUAGUGAUUCGACCAACGAUUCUCACGUUCACAUAUGUACUGCCAUUGGUGCGAUGUCACAGGAGCUAAAAGAUCAAAACUUUCCUCUUAGCCCCAUCGCCUACUUUGGCGCCACUUGCUCAUCUCUCCAGCGCCUAUCGACUGCUGAAGCAGAGGAGCCCCCGGGUCACAUUACUGACGCUCUCUCGACCAUUCUGUCACUUGUGAUUGAUAAAAUCAGCAAAGCUAUGCUGGUGAAGCAAUUCAGUUAUGUUUCCAAUCUCGUCACCCGGAUUCUCCAUCAGAAAAAUACGGGCGAUCAGGGAAUCGUCUCGUGUAUGAAGUGCGUUUCACAUCUUCUGAUUGUCAGAGAAAAUGUCAGCUGGGUGGAUAUAGCUGAACUCUAUGGUCUUCUGCUGGGUUUUAUGGUGGAUGGCCGGCAAAAGGUAAGGAAACAGUGCUACCUUUGUCUUUGUGAGGUCCUACAAAAAUUUCAGAAGUCAUCUACAGCCAAAGCUUUAUUGGCACCUGCAAGUGAAGCCAUCUGUAACAUCUUUGAAAGGUCUCUUCUUCUUGCUGGAGGAUCAAAUGCAAGUGCUCCAGAAGGCCAGAAAGGGGCACAAGAAGUUCUGUACAUUCUUGAUGCACUAAAAAUUUGUCUUCCGUUAAUGUCUGUGAAGUCUUCAGUGAAAAUUUUGAAGUACUUUAAAUCUCUCUUGGAUUUGCGUCAACCUCUUGUCACUAGGUCUGUAACAGAUGUAAUUAAUGCACUCUGUAUCCACCCAGCAGAAGUUUCACCAGAAGUGUUACUGGACCUGUUAUGUUCAUUAGCCAUGUCAAUUUCUACAAAUGACUCAUCAGCUGAUAGCAUGGCAUUUACUGCUCGCUUGUUAGGUGUAGGGAUGAAAAAAAUAUAUUCUCUUAACAGACAAAUUUGCGUGGUUAAGCUCCCUGUCAUAUUCAGCACACUUAGUGAUGUGUUGGUUUCUGAACAUGAGGAAGCCUUGUUAGCGACAAAAGAAGCUUUCCAGAGUUUAAUAGAUGUGUGCAUUGAUGACAACUUGGUCAAACAAGGCAUGGAUCAGGUUGCAGUGAGUUCUAAUGAGGGAACAAGGAGGUCAGCUCCAACUAUUAUAGAAAAAGUGUGUGCAACAGUCGAAAGCUUGCUUGAUUAUCAAUAUUCAGCAGUUUGGGAUAUUUCACUUCAAAUUGUUUCAGCAAUGUAUGACAAACUAGGUCAUUAUUCUUCUUAUUUCUUGAAAGGAGCACUUAAGAAUUUAGCUGAGAUGCAAAAGCAGCCUGAUGAAGAUUUCCCAUAUCGUAAACAUUUGCAUGAAUGUGUGGGAUCAGCUGUUGGUGCUAUGGGACCUGAAACUUUUUUGAGCAUUCUUCCUCUGAAUAUGGACUCUCAUGACUUAUCAGAGGCCAACUUGUGGCUUUUUCCUAUUCUGAAACAUUACAUUGUUGGUGCUCAACUAAGUUUCUUUAUCGAGACAAUCAUAUCUAUUAUUGGAGCUAUGAAGCAGAGGUCUGCCAUGCUCGAGGAAGAGGGAAAGAUAAUUUCUGCAAGGACUAUUGAUGGAAUUGUGUACUCUUUAUGGUCAUUGUUACCCUCAUUUUGCAACUAUCCUUUUGACACUGCUGACAGCUUCAAGGGUUUUGAGAAAGUACUACAUAGGGCAUUGCGUGAAGAGCCUGAUGUCCAUGGUAUAAUAUGCUCCAGUUUGCACAUUCUCAUUGAACAGAACAAGAAUAUUGCAGAAGGAAAAGAGGAUCCAUCUAACAGUGGUAUGAGCAUUCACAAGCAGCGAGCAAUUUCUCAUUACAACACGCAAGUGGCAGCUGAUAAUUUGAAUGCCAUAAGGGUCUCUGCUAGCAAAUUAUUACCAAUUCUUUCUGAAGCCUUCAUGAAAUCUUCUAAAGAUAACAUUGGACCUUUGCAGACAAUUAUCAGUGAGAUCGCUUCCAUUUUGGAUAAAAAGGUCGUCACUGGGUUCUUCAAGCGUACCAUGAGUAAACUAUUGGAGGUGACAAAGGAAUAUUGUAAAAUAGAGUGCUCCAAAGUUGCAAAUGCAAUGCAGGUGGAUAACUCAUCUGGGAAAGAAUCAUUGGCAUUAAUGAGGGCUCAGCUGUUUGAUCUGGCAGUUUCAUUGUUGCCUGGCUUAGACGCCAAACAAAUUGAUAUGUUGUUCAAUGUAAUUGAAUCUGCAUUAAAGGAUGAGGACACAUUGGUCCAGAAAAAGGCAUAUAAAGUUCUAUCGAUCAUGCUCCAAAAAUCUGAAGACUUUGCCUCAAGGAGGCUUGAGGGGUUACUUAAUUUAAUGAUUGAAGAACUGCCAUCAUGCCAUUUUUCAGCCAAGCGCCAUAGACUGGACUGUCUAUAUUUCUUGAUUCUCCAUAUAUCAAAGGAUAACUCUGAACAGAGACGUGACCUUGUUGGUUCUUUUCUAACUGAAAUUCUGCUUGCUUUAAAAGAGGCUAAUAAAAGGACACGGAAUAGGGCAUACGAUAUUCUUGUCCAGAUUGGCCAUGCUUGUGUGGAUGAGGAGAGAGGUGGCAAAAAAGAGUACCUGGUGCAAUUUUUUAAUAUGGUUGCUGGAGGCCUUGCUGGGGAUGCGCCUCACAUGAUUAGUGCGGCAAUAAAAGGUUUAGCUCGGUUGGCCUAUGAAUUCACUGAUCUUGUUGCGGCUUCAUUCAAUGUCCUUCCAUCAGCUUUUCUCCUUCUUAGGAGAAAAAACAAAGAAAUAAUUAAGGCUAAUUUAGGUCUCUUAAAAGUAUUAGUGGCCAAAUCACAGCCUGAAGGGUUGCACUCUCAUUUAAGAGGCAUGGUUGAUGGCAUCCUGAGUUGGCAAGAUAGUUCUAAGAACCAUUUUAAAGCUAAGGUGAAGCUACUACUUGAAAUGCUCAUCAAGAAGUGUGGCCUGGAUGCUGUCAAGGAAGUAAUGCCAGAGGAGCACAUGAAGCUUCUCACCAAUAUAAGAAAGAUUAAGGAGAGGAGAGAAAGGAAGCUCAACACUGAUGGCUCUGAUGAAAGUAGGUCUCAUAUAUCAAGAGCAACAACCUCUAGGCUUAGCCGAUGGAAUCAUACAAAAGUUUUUUCCGAUUUUGGCGAUGAUAAUGAGACAGGGUCUGUGGGUAUGAAGAAUGCAUCUCGUAGGCGAGGUCUGCAAAAGUCAGAGGCAUGCUCAUUACGGUCAAAGAAAACACGUAGAGCAUCUAGGAGCUUGCAGGAGGAUUUGUUUGAUCAAACAGAUGAUGAACCUCUUGACUUGCUUGAUCAACAGAAGACAAGGUCGGCCCUUAGAUCCAGUGGAACUCGUAAACGAAAAUCAGACUCUGAUGAUGAGAUGGAGGUAGACAGUGAGGGCCAUCUCAUUAUUCAUGAGGAUAAUUGGAAGUCAAACAACAAGAAGACAUCUUCAGUCGAUGAUAGAGAGAUGACAGAUGGUGGAAGAAGUGAAGUGUCUAGAAAAACGCAGAAACGUAGAAAAACAUCAUCAGACUCUGGGUGGGCUUACACAGGAAGUGAGUAUGGAAGCAAGAAGGCAGGUGGUGAUGUGGCACGCAAGGGGAAACUUGAGCCAUAUGCUUACUGGCCUCUUGACCGUAAGAUGGUGAGUCGCCGGCCAGAGCACCGGGCCUCUGCAAGGAGAGGUAUGUCAAGUGUUGUGAUGAUGGCAAAGAAGUUGGAGGGUAAGAGUGUCGCUAAUGCACUUUCUAUUAAAGGCCCGAAAUUGGGCAAGAAGAAGAAUGGGUCACAUAGAAAAGCCAAAUGAGAAUUGGCUUUGAUCCGGCGGUGAUGCUGGAGUGAUGGUGGCAACAGGAGUAGCAUCGACAGCAGCAAGAUUGGCGACAUCGGCACUAGAUUGGCGGCAAUGACAGAGAUUGAAGCGGCGGCCAUGGAAAGUCAAAAAUAGUAGAUGUCACGGUUGAAAUUAGUGUUACUAGAAAUCAAUUUAUUUUUUUAAUUUUAAUUAUUAAUUGACUUAAAAUUCAUUGACGUUAAUUUUGUCAAAUGAAUAAACUUUUAGUCCUAUGAAACAUGUAAGUCAUGUUUGUGCAUUUAUUCAUUGUCUUAGUCCUAUUUAGAGA